AUGCAGAAGCAGCAGCAGCAGCAGCUGCUGCUGGAGCAGCAGCACCAGCAGCAGCAGCAGCAGCAGCAGCCCCGGCCGCGCCAGAUGCUGCAGCAACAGCUAACGGAGGAAGUGCUGCUCUUGAAGGAGGCAGAGCAGCAGCAACAACAGUUGAAAUGCAGGCAGCAGCAGCAGCAGCUAGGCGCUCUAGACCUGUGCAGUCCAUGCCCUUCAGCCUACGCACGCAGCGAAUCAGCAGCAGCAGCAGCAGCAGCGGCAGUAGGUGCUUCUGCUGCUGCUGCCGCUGCUGCUGGACGGCGUCGUUGCAGCAGUGCCCGUAUGGCUACAGAUCGCGUUCCUGCUGCUGCUUCUGCUUUAGCAGCAGCAGCUGCUGCUGCUGCAUUGGAUUGCACAGUUAAGUCCCCAUGGAGCAGCAGCGAAGAGAAAGAGGUGCGGCUGCUGACGCGCAGCUCAGCAGCAGCAACUGCAGCAGCAACUCCUCUCGCUGCUGCAGCUUCAUCGCCAGAUGACGAUUCAGAAAACAAGAAGCAGCAGAAGCAGCAGCAGCAGCAGAAGCACGAGCAUCCGGCUUACCAGCAGCAGAUUAGGGCAGAGAAUCAGCAGCCACAGCAGCAGCAGGCAGAGCCUCACGGGCAUGAUCAGACUGGGAAGCAACAGCAGCAGCAAGAGCAGCAGCAGCAGCAGCAGCAGCAACUAGCUUGCUCGCUGCAGAAAGAGGAAAGUUGCAACUCAACUGUUGCUCAGGACCAGCAGAAGCAGCAGCAGCAGCAAGUGCAGCAGCAGAUACAGCAGCAACAGGAUCUAAAGGCUCCUGUGGAGGGGCCUCAGCAGGCAAGCGCUACAACAGAAGCAGCAGCAGCUGCUGCUGCAGCGGCUGGUGUAGAGGCAGAUGUUGUGGCUGCUGAUGUUCCUGCUGCUGCUGCUGCUGCGAGAGAUCGGGUAGGCGCUAGCGCCAGCUGCUGCAGCAACAGGAGAAGCAGCAGCACGAAGAGCAACAAGUAUCGGCAAGGACAGGAACGCAGUAGCCCUCAAGGUAGCAGCAGCAGCAGCAGCAGCAACAGCAGCAGGCCUCACAGGAAGCCCGCUAUUCUUGCUGUUGCCCCUCGGGUUUGGGACGAGCGCGACUUUGCUGCUGCUGCUGCAGCAGGUGCUGAUGCUGCAGCUGGUGCUGCUGCAAACUUCUUAGAUGCUGCUGCUGCGGCAGCUCGGGCUCAGCUCGUGCAGCAGCAGCAGCAGCAGCAGCAAACGCGCAUGCAGCUGCAGCGGCUGCGCCAGGCAGCAGCAGAACUAUCGAGGGUCUGCAUCGUGAAACAGAAGGAGCUGCUGCUGCUGCAGGAAGCAGCUGAAGGUGCAGCACUAGACAGCAGCAGCUGCAGCAACGGUAGCAGCAGCAAGCGUGGGGAGGACGACAGCGAGGUUGCUGCUGCUGCAGCUCUGUGCCAUGUAGAGGAGCUGCUGUUGCUGCUGCAGCAGCAGCAGCAACAGCGUGAGCAGCAGCUGCAGCAGCUCAAGAUUGAAGAGAGGAGGCUGCUGUUACUGCUGCAGCAGGGAAGCCAGAGAAGGCAGCAGCAAGUGGCAAGCCUUUGCAAAGAAGUUCUGUUUCCAGUUCUUUGUUUGGUGUCGGGUGUCUUCGCCACGGCCGCCUCCGCCUCAAGCGGAGAUUCGCUUUAUCAACUUGUUGCAGCGCUGGGGCGGCAGCGGCUGCUGCUGCAGCUGAACGAAGCCUCGUAUCCUUCCUUAGAUGUCUCGCUGCAGGGGCUUUGCUUCUACUUUGCUGCUGCAGCGCAGCAGCAGCUCAUGAAGAAGCUGCAGCUAUUGCUGCAGCAGCUACAGCAGCAGCAACUGCCGCUGCGCCUGCGACUGCGAGCUGCGGAAGAGAUCCGAUCCGAGCAGCAGCAGCAGCAGCAACAAGGAACUGCUGCUGCUGUUGCUGCAGCACCUGCAUCGUGUCUCUCCACAGGCAUCGCUGAGGCGCUGCAGCAGCUGCUGCUGCCGCUGCUGCAGCAAGCAGCAGAAGCACAAGUUGCUGCUGUGUGGCUGCAGCUGCUGCAGGUCUUCCGGGAGGCUCUUCGUAGUGCUGUGGGGGCGUUGCAAAGGCAGGCGGUCAACUCUGCAGCAGCAGCAGCAGCAGCAGCAACAGCAACGGCCGCAGCAGCAGCUCCCCAGGCCUCUCCGCCUAUCAUUUGGCUUCCUAUUGCCGAUGCUGCUGCUGCUGCUGCGCUGCAUGCACGAGCAGUCAGAGCACUGCAGCUGGACGUUCACUUCAGCAGCAGCAGCAGCAGCAACAGCAGCAGCAGCAACGACGGGGUAAGCAACAUCAUGGCACUGCACGCUGCAGCAUCAGCUGCUGCUGCCGCUGCAGCUGCUGCUGCUGCUGAGAGGGAAGAAGCAGCGAGUCCCCAUGCGGCUCAUCACAAGCCGCACACUGCAGCUGCAGCAGCAGCAGCUGCUGCUGCUGCUGCUGCGAAGUUCCAAAGCAUCUUUUGCUUCCUGGGGGCACCUUAUCGACUUAGGCUGCUUCCAGAGGGAGCUCAGCAGCAGCAGCAGUUGCAGCAGCAGCAGCAACGACAGCAACAGCAGCAAGGGGCGGGCUUGCACUUGUCGCUGCAGGCUAGUUCCUUAGACCUGCUGUGCUCAGCAGCAAACGACGCCACGCUGCUGCUGCUGCUCUGCAUGCAAAUUGAGCGGUCCUUGCAGCAAGCAGCAGAAACAGCAGCAGCACGCUGCACUACUCAGCAGCAGCAGGUACUGCUUGGAAGUGCCCCCAGCAUCAGCAGCUGCAGCAGCAGCAGCUGCAGCAGCAGUAACAGCAGCAGUUGCUGCUACCAGCAGACCGCCUCCCCUUCCCUAAAAGCAGAGGUGCAUAGUAGCAAAGUCACAUCGGUCAAUCAGCUGCAGCAGUUGCCGCAGCAGCAGGGACAGCAGCAACAGCAGCAGCAGCAGGAGAAGCAGCAGCAGCAACAGGAUAAGCAGCACGGGACCCGCUGGCAGGGGCUGCUGUCCUCAGUGAGAGGAGGCCUCAAUAAUCUGCAGCAGCUUGCUGCUGCUGUUCCUGGGCGUCUGUACACUCCAACAUCAGCUGCAGGCGACCAGCAGCAGGAACAGCAGCAGCAGCAGCAGCAGCAGCAGCAGUCUCGCAGCAGCAGUAGCAGUCCGCCUCGGUCCGACUCAGCACCAGCAGCAGCAGGAGAAGCAGCAGCUGCUGCAGAGACAGCCUCGGACAGCAGCAAAGGUGCUGCUCGCAUGAUUUCUUUGUGCUGCCUAUCGAAUUCCAGCGGUGCAGCAGCAGCAGCUGCAGCAGCAGCAAGAACAGCAGCAGCAGCCGACGCAGCAGCUGCAGCUUCGAGGCGUCUGGCGAGGAGGGAGCAAGAGCUGCUGCAGCAGGAAGCAGCAGAAGUUCAUGAGGGUAUUUCUGUUGGCUGUGCUGCUGAAGCUGUCUCUUGUGCCCGCCUGCUGCGGCGGCUGCAGCAGCAAAUAAGUGCUGCUGCUGCUAAGCCAUUUGAGGAAGCGAUGAGGCAGCAACAGCAGCGGGAAGGCUUCCUCUCUCGUCUUCUGCUGCAGCUGCAGCGAGACAGCGAUUUGCUCUUCAAGGCAUUUUCAUCGUUUGUGGCGUCGCAUGCAGCAGCAGCAGAGAGGCAGCAGCAAGCCGCAGCAGCAACAGCAGCACGAACUCUAGGACAGAAUCUGCUGCUGCUGCACUUGCUGCAGCAGUUCCUCAUGUCUCCAGCUGCUGCCUCCCAGGACCGCCUGCUGCAGCUGGUAGAGUGUCUUGCGACCCCACGCUCUGCUGCUGCUGCUGCUGCUGCAGCUGCUGCAGCACAGGGCGCAGCAGCAGCUGCUGCUGCAGCAGCAAAAGUUAUUGCUGCUGCCUGCCGACUCGCUGCGGGUUUCGUGACUCUCCGAACAGACCUAUCGCUGCAGCAGCGGCAGCAGCUUCUUGCUGCUGUAUGCGCGCGGCUGCAGCAGGCCGCUGCAUGCGCGCUGAAGGAGCAGCAGCAGCAACAGCAGCAUCAGCAACACCAGCAGCAGCACCAGCAGCAGCACCAGCAGCACCAGCAGCAGCAGCACCAGAUGCAGUAUCAGCAGCAGCAGCAGCAGCAGCAGCAGCCAAACACUGACAGUUUUAGGUGCUUCGUGUGGCGGCAUGGUUUGCUUCCAGUUGGCUGCAGCACAGUCCUCAUAGCACCGCAGCAGCAGAAGCAGCAGCAGCAGCAGCAGCAACCUGUGGCUGAGCGUCGUAUCUCUGGGCUGGAGGGACCUGUUGUUCGGGGACGAGCAGCAGCAGCACCAGCAGCGAGAGCAGCAAAUGCGGCAGCGGAGUGGGAAGAGCCAUGGGCUGUGGUAGAGGUAGCUACACUGCAGCAGCAGCAGCAGCCGCAGCAGCAGCUGCAGCAGCGACGGCAGCAGCAGCAGCCGCUGGACUGCUUUUUGCAGCAAGAAGUGUGCGAAGUCCGCAAGGGUUGCCUUUGGUUGCUGCCGCGCCCCAGCAGCAGCAGCAAAAGGGCUGCAGAAGCAGCAGCAGCAGCAGCGGCGCGUAUUCCCCUUGAUGCCUUCUGCUGCAUUAGGGCUCCUGCCCGUGCUGCGGUGUCUCCAGGCAGCGAUCGCAGCAAGCAAUGGCGGCAGCAGCAGCAGCAGCAACAGCAGCAGCAACAGCAGCAGCAGCAACUGCAUAAACAGAAACAGCAGCAGCAGCACAGAAAACGCUGUUGCUGCUGUGGUGCUUCCGAGGAGGAGCUGCUGCUGCCGGGAGUUGCCAGGACGCAGCAACUAAUUCUCAGCUUCAGCGACGGGGUGCGAGUGCCGCUGCGGCUGCUCUUUGCUGCAGCAGCAGACCGUAAAGAGUGCCUCCAGGCCAUCAAGAGGGAACUAGCAGCUCUGAAACAGAAGCACAGCAGCAGCAGCUGCAGCAGCAGCAGCAACAGCAGACGUCGUAAGAGGCGGCUUGUUGCGAAGGACACAAGAGAUGAACACGGAGGGGCUAUUUGUUUCUUCCCAGGGCCCCAGCUGCAGCAGCAUUUGGCUGCUGCAGUUGCUGCUGCUGCUGCUGCUAGCGAUGCUGAGUGCGGUGCAGCCGCAGGCAAAAUCCAUGCAAGCUGCAGCAGAACCAGCACUAAGAGCAGCAGAUAUGAGCCUCCUCCCCCUUCGGGAGCGUUGCUGCAGCCGUUGCUAACACCUACAGCGAAUAGGUCCAGUCAGCUGUAUCUGCUGCAGCAGCAAGACCUGCCUGCAGCAGCAGCAGCAGCGGUUCUUCCCUCGCAGCAGAUGUCAGUGACUUCCAGCCCAGCAGCAGCAGCAGCAGCAGCAGCAACAGCAGGAAGAGGAUCUCUGUUGCGUCGUUUUGUCGGGUUGCUUUUUGGUGGUGCUGGGCCCUGUACUGAAAAAAAAGCAGCAGGACCCCAAGCAGCAGCAGCAGCAGCAGAAGAUUCAUUUCCCGCUGCUCACUGGCUGCUGCAGUCCGAAGACGAGACUUCCAACAGCAGCACCAACAGCAGCAGCAGCAGCAGCAGUUCUGAGUCUGAAGGGGAGGCCACUUUUGCUCCGCCGCGCCAAAGUGCACAAAGACGUAAGCAGCCUUCACGGCGUGCAGCAGCAGCAGCAGCAGCUGCUGCUGCUGCUGCUGCUGCAAGGACUUCUGCUGCUGAGAUAAUGCUCUUUCCGGCCUGA